GUCGGAACAGCACCCCGACCUCUCUCCUCAACAGACAUUGUCAAUUGCGCAACGAUGCCUGCUACACAGAGUGGUCAAUUUCGGAUUAUUAAGAAAUGUGCUAAAGCGUGUAAGCGAUGUCGGUCUAUGAAGGUCAAGUGUUCGGGGGCGCAGCCUUGUCUGAGAUGUGGACGGAAGAAUCAGAGAUGCAUAUACGAGGCGGAAGAGAAGAAGGUAUCGGUGCCUGAGAGCUACCUGCGUGCCUUGGAGAGGCGACAAGAUGGACUUCCAUCGCCAGGGUCGUUUGGCAAUGGAAGUAGGCCACGUCCAAGGCACUCUUCUGUUUCUGACUAUGGUAUUUCCGGUGUAGUCACACGGGACGCCUCCCUGGCCGGGGAUGGAGAUCUUACUCUUGGAACACCUCAAGAUCAUGACGAGAACGACGAAACAAACGAGGCUGCCUCGCUAUCCACUAAUGACCUCCUCGAACCGGCCUUCCGACAAAACCCCCUCGUCGACAAUGACUAUGUGUUCGGCCAAGCCAUGGGCCGCUACUGGUACAUGGGACCCGCAUCAUCAUGGGCUUUCUGCAGAAGAGUCCUAGCCUUAGUAGGCAAGCAUCUCCCCGAAGCAAACAACGAGCCUCUACCCUGGCACCUCGACGGAGUGGCCUUCCGACUACAGUGGAGACCACUUAUGCCAGAUGAGCCACCGGAUAUUUCCAAUCUACCUCCAUCGGACUAUGCAUACUUUCUCAUUCAGACUGCGAGGUUCUACCUUGGCCCGUUGGCGAGUUUGAUAGACGAGGCUGAGUUUCUUCAGCAUUUCAAAGAGCUCUAUCAAGAUGCCUCAGCGAAAGCGGCUUCGUGUAAGCUGUGGUAUGCGCAAUAUUUACUCAUGAUCGCUUUCGGUAAAGCUUUCCUCGGUGGAAAGAGUACUGAUGGAAGUCCACCGGGGUAUCAAUACGCUGCACGGGCGAUGCCAUUGAUGCCAGAGUUAGCAGGCAUUGCGCUUGAUCCGGUUCUCUCUGCACAAGCACUCACUCUAGCUGCUAUAUACUUUCAGUCGAUUGACAUGCGAGUAGCAGCAUAUCAACAUAUCGGACAGGCUCUCCGGAUAUGUGUUCUGUCUGGAUUCCACAGGCAUAUGCCGGAAGAAGCUGUCGGAGCGCAACACUCCAAGCGAUGCCACAUAAUAUUCUGGGUGGUUUAUAUGCUAGACCAAGAGUUUGCUGCACUGAUUGGUGCAACCAGCGCGAUUCGGGACGAGGACAUAACUAAUAAAUUACCUUCUCAGGCGGACAGCUCAUUAAGCUCACUGAGUCUGACCCUUCAUGUUCAGCUUGCUCGGUUAAUAGCUCGACUACUGGGGACGGUAUACGGCGUUGGGAAAGAUUACGAUGGCACCCUUUUUAGCAACACACAGUCUAUCCUACGCAACUUGGCUGAGCUAAAUCGUGAUCUGAACAACAUCAUCAACAAUCAUUUCCGAGACUCAAUCAGCAAAGCGUCAAGAAUUGCAACGAGACUGCUGCUCCAAUAUCACCAUUGCGUCGUACUCACGACGAGACCGCAGAUAAUGUGUGCCUUGCAUAUGCACAUCGAACAGUCAAAGACACAAAUGAUGACCCACGGCUUAUCACUAUCUCCACCGGUUGCAUCGCUUAUACAGUCAUGCGUUAGCUCAGCGCAGGCGAUUUUGAAGACGCUCCGUGCCUUGGCAGAUGAAGAUCUCAUCGAGGCAUUUUUGCCUUUUCAGAUUGAGUAUGCAUCGUCGUCAGCGUUCCUCCUCCACCUAAUCCCUAUAAUCUGCCCAUCUCUUCUUUCAGAUGAUUCAUGGCGUGAUGAUGCUCGCUAUGUAUUUGACACUCUGAUUGCGAAAGGAAGUCUCAUUGCUCCUUUGCGUAAAGUAGAGCUUGAGCAGUUGGAGCAGAAGUUAUCUGCUCUGACGCCGGCUAGUAAUAUCGCAACACCGGAAGUACCAAACCAGAGAGAAGAUCAUGUCGACGUCCAAGAAGAGCAAAACGGGGAACCUGACUUACAGGAACAUGUCUCGGAUGAGACAGGAUGGGACCUCUUUGCGGCUAAUGCCAUGGCGGGGUUGACGCCUGGGGAGUUGCUAGAUCUGGCAGAACAGCUCGAUGUAGAUAGUUUUCUGUAUCAGCCCGAGAUGUAAGAAAGCUAAAAACCAUCGAAACAAUUAAUAAGAUGCCAUUGCAAUUGCCA